UGGACAUAAAAGAAUGAGAAUAAGAAUAGGAAAAUAAAAAGCUUUGAUCCUAAAAAUAAGGAGAAAGUGAAGUUGUGGCAAGAAUUGGACGGAGACAAAGAGACGGUAGAAGGAGCAUGAACUUGCAUCCAAGAAUCGACGAUCCAACCCUUAUUUAAAACAAAAUUUGAAGUUGACAAACAGAGACACAAACAAAAUCACAUCAGCAUCACAACAACAAGAGACAAAGAAACAAAAUGUCUUGGCAGACUUACGUCGAUGAACAUUUGAUGUGUGAUAUUGAUGGCACAGGCCACCAUCUCACCGCCGCUGCCAUCAUCGGUCACGAUGGCUCUGUUUGGGCUCAAAGCACUUCUUUUCCUCAGAUUAAAGGCAGUGAGGUGUCUGAUAUCAUGAAAGAUUUCGACGAACCAGGUCAUCUUGCUCCUACAGGUUUGCACCUUGCUGGAACCAAAUACAUGGUCAUCCAAGGAGAGCCGGGAGCUGUCAUCCGUGGCAAGAAGGGAUCUGGAGGAAUCACCAUAAAAAAAACUGGUCAAGCUUUAGUUUUUGGUCUUUAUGAGGAACCUGUGACUCCAGGACAAUGCAACAUGGUUGUGGAGAGGCUGGGAGAUUACCUAGUUGAUCAAGGUCUCUAGAUAUACACAUCAUGUUUUGGAACAUUUUUUAUUUCUCGGAUACUAUACUUUAUUAUUUCUUUUUUAUAUUUUGAGUUGUAUCUACUACAUAUCAACCCUAAAUCCGGGAGUUGUUGCCAACAAUAACCAUAUGAGAAUUGAACAAUUGUUUGUUGUUUGAAUUUUUAAGUUAUGAUUCCCUUUUC